AAAGACAAAAAGAGAGUGAAACCAAAGAAGUAAUUUAAAUAGCGGAGAAACUCAUUGAUUAUGAUUGAUCUCAACACCCUUUUGAGUCGCAUUUUCAUAAGCCAAAGUUUUUAAUUUUAAUUCUUUUCGAUUUGUGUCUUGUCUUACCAACAUUAAGGGUGUGAUUUGUUAAGAGAAAAAGAUGAAGAAUUCUCUUUCAGAUCAAGGUUUUUACAUUGAAAGUGAUGAAGAUGAAGAGAAGGUGUUGGGAAAAGGAGAGAAUGAUGGAAAUGAAUCAGAUUUUUCCAAUGACUCUGAUGAGAAUGAAGGAGAGAGGAGACCCAGUUCUUACAGCAUGGCAUGGCCUCAAAGUUACAGGCAAUCCAUUGAUCUGUAUGGUAGCGUGCCAUCGCCGAAUAUAGGAUUUCUUGGAACGACGUCAUUGGCAAGAUUAGGCAGUUCUUUUCUUGGUUCAACUUUGACAAGGAGGCCAACUGCUGAAACUUUACAGCCAGAGAGAAAGCCUCUGCUACCACCGUCGGUCGACGAGCAGCAUCGCCGUAGCUCUCAGAUAUUGCUUCCUCCCCUACCAUCUAGGAAGUCUUCAAUUAGGAAGGAUAUUUCCAAGAUAUCUCAUGAAGUUCAUUUUCCUGGUCAAUGCACUUUUGGACAAGCUGUGCUUAAUGGCAUAAAUGCUCUUUGUGGGGUUGGAAUCCUUUCAGUCCCUUAUGCUCUCAAAGAAGGUGGUUGGGCUGCACUUUCAAUCUUACUGAUAUUUUCAGUAUUUUCCUUUUACACUGGCUUGCUGUUGCGUUAUUGCUUGGACAGUCAACCUGGACUUGAAACUUAUCCCGACAUUGGCCAAGCUGCUUUUGGUACUUAUGGACGUGUUGUCAUUUCGGUGAUAUUAUACAUGGAAUUAUAUGCUUGUUGCAUUGAAUACAUAAUUCUCGAAAGUGACAAUCUAUCUUCAUUAUUUCCAAAUGCACACUUAAGUUUCGGUGGAUUUGAAUUGAAUGCACACAUUCUGUUUGCAAUCUUGAGCACAUUGGCUAUUCUUCCAACCGUUUGGCUCCGGGACCUUCGCAUUCUAAGUUACAUAUCAGCUUGCGGAGUGAUUGCAACGGUUGUAGUGGUUCUGUGCUUGUUGUGGGUCGGAGUGGUAGAUGAUGUUCCCAUGCAUACAGAAGGAACAAUAACACUGAGGCUUUCAACAUUCCCUGUUGCUGUUGGUCUCUAUGGUUACUGCUUCGCAGGACAUGCUGUAUUCCCAAAUCUGUAUACAGCUAUGGCAAAUCGAAAUCAAUUCCCUAAAGUACUCUUGACUUGUUUUGCUAUUUGUACAACUAUGUAUUUCACCGUAGCUGUUGUGGGAUACACAAUGUUUGGAGAAAAUACGCUGUCUCAGUAUACUCUUAACAUGCCUCGAGGAUUAGUAGCCUCCAAGAUUGCUGUGUGGACUACGGUGGUUAAUCCAUUUACCAAAUAUGCUUUGAGUCUAACUCCAGUAGCAUUGUCACUAGAGGAAUUGAUACCACCAAAUAAUCCAAACUUUCAGUUCUAUUCCAUCGGCAUCAGAACAGCACUAGUGGUUUCUACACUGCUUGUUGGUCUUUCAGUUCCCUUUUUCGGUUUGGUAAUGUCAUUAAUUGGAUCCUUGCUCACAAUGUUUGUUUCCCUUAUUCUACCAUCUGCUUGUUUCCUAAGCAUUAAGGGAGGCAGAAUCAAGCGCUCUCAGGUACUACUAUGUGUUACAGUGGUUAUAGUAGGUCUUGUAUCAUGCGGUUUUGGAUCAUACUCAGCCAUCUCGGAGAUGAUUGCGGAAAUGUUUGCAUGAAGUUUUGCAGCUUAAAUCUUGGAUUAUGACAUUUCUCUGCUAUUUUGUUAGCCAAAUUCCAGUUCAUAUAACUGCUUUAGAUAAUUUUAUUUCCCACCCCGAAGUUUGAUCUCAACUUUUCACUCUCUGUGGUUUCUCCAUUUUGUUACUUUUACUUGUGGUUAUCGCGGUUUUAUUACCAUAUCACAAAACAAAGUGUUGCUCGGUUUUGAAGUUUGGUGAAGUUAAUCAUAUACUGUGGCAGAGAACCAAAUCUGAGAUUGUAUGCUGAGAUCAAAUGCUUUAUUAAGGGGAAAUUUUGAUGCAUAGAAUUGUGGAUGAGGAAUUGAUAAAUGCAUUUAUUGCAUUUGAAUGAGAUUUUUGUUUUAAGAACACAAUUUAAACACUGUUGUCCUCUUGAAAUGGUAUACAGUCUUGCCUUGGCUAGCAAGACAUUGCUACGACA